AUGCAGCAUUGGAGGGAUCAAAAUUGCUAUGGCAACCCAAGGCAAGCAGCUGGGGAGUCAAGAGGCCACCCAUGCAUGCACGUGCAUAUACUCAUGCAGCAUCGAAGCAGCUGGUCAUUACCAAUCGACCUGGCCAACGCUGAUGAGGGACCCAACAGGGUGCCCAUUUAUUUUGCCGAGCACAGCAUUUGUGCCAGAGAUCAUUCGAUGAACUAUUCAGAAUCUGACAUCACCUCACUUCAACAUCAUCUGAGUCAUGUUGCUCACAGUGCCGCGGAAUUCUUGAUUGUGGGUGGUGAAACUACAAGUUGA